UUCAUUAGCAUGGUAACGUACGAGGUUUUCAAAUGUUACGCAUUGUUUACUUUUGCAAAAUCUGACGAUUUGAGGGGGAAUUUGUCUUGUGCUUAGGUGAGUGGCAAAUUAUGUUGAUGUGUUUAUAUUUUUUUUAAUUUUGGUCUUCAUCACAGUCGUAGUGAUUUGGGAAUAAAUUUUUUGCUGUGUGCUGGACGAGACAUAACACUGCAGUAGUACUGUAAUACGGUCCUGCCAGUGUGUUGACAUAUUUAUUCAAAGCCUUUCUCUUUGGUUAGGCCCCUAGAAUAUUAUAAAUUGGUUGAUUGAAUUACAAUUUUGGUUUUCUUAGAUGCAGCAAUUAACUGAAAAAUGUCAGACCUUAGUUUGACAGGAAAAUCUAUUUCACCAAUUCAGCAAGGUGCUAGAAGUUACUCUGCUAGAUCAACAAGAUCAUCAGCAAGUGAUUAUCAUAGAACUGCUACACAAAGUGAUGUAAAAGUUCCAAGAAGUUCAUUGUCAACCAGACCGAAACGACGAAAGCCUGCUAUGGCCUUAGAAUUUCCCAAAAAUUCAAAACCGUCACCACGGAGUUACAGUGUGGAUAUGCCCAAAACUAACUCAUCACAUGAAUAUCUUACAUUGUUUGAAACUCCAAGAAAUGCAAACCAUAGUUCACCAAGGACUCUUACAAAUUCGAAUAUUAAAAAACCCAGUAAAAAAUCUGAUAGAGACAGAUUUGAGCCAACUACAAAUUUCACUCAUAAUACAACACAAAAUUACCACAGAUCUUUUUCUACCGAUUUACCAAAAUAUAAACCAGUUAAUAGCAGUGCUCGAAGUUACAAGUCUGAAAGAUAUAAAGAAAGUGUGGAGCCAUCUUCACCUGUUAUUGUGGUACCAAUUUCGGAUAAUGAAAGGGUUGUUACAAGUACAUUUUCUUCUGCUCUUUCACAAAAUAAUAAUAAAGCACCAAAACCAAUAUCAAAUAAUAAUUUACUAAAAAGAGAGGAAGCUGCGAAAAAAAUUCAGACGUGGUACAAGCGGCAUUCUGUUCGUGCUAAAUCUAGUGAAGCAGCAUUAAAGCGUAUGCUUCAUCAAAAGAAAAUUGAAGUUGAAGGUACGAUGCAUCAAGAAGAAAUGCAAACAAAACAACGAACAGAUGAGCAGAAAAGAAAACAAAGGAGAGAGCGAGAAAGAGAAGAGCGGAAACGGGCAAUUGCAGAGUUGAGAAAAAGCCGCGAAGAGCAGGACCGAGUAAAGAAAUCUCUCGUGGAUGAAGAGAUGGCUAUUAUUGCGGAAAAACAAAAACAGAGUCGGAUUCGUACAGUUUACAAAAACAAAAAACAGACAGAACGAUCUGAAACAAGCGAUUCCAAAGUUAUUCAAAAUGUUGAAGAUAAAAUAGAUAGGAUAUUUGAAGAAACAAAAUUUUCCACUGCAAAAAGUUCAAGCUAUAAUUCAGCACAAAAAGACGAUAUACCUUCUCAAGAUGAAGAAAGUAUCCCUGAAGAAUUACCUGAAUCACCAGGAGAAACGACAAAAAGUCAAGGACUCUUGGAAAGCUUGUUAGAAACAAUACAACAACUUGAAGCUGAGCCUGAGCAACUAACAAAAAUAGAAACUAAUAGUAAACUUGAUGAAAAGCUUGCGUGGAUAGAUGAAAUGCAGGCAGAUCACUUGAGCUCUGUAUCCAAUUCAAAAGUUUCUGGCAGUGCUCGUGGUGCUGGUGAUUUCAUAGAUGGUACAAAACCGGUACAAGACAGCACAAACAACUUGUUAACAAAAGCUAAACUUAGCAAUCUCAUGGAGUUUUUGGAUAAUGUAGAGAAACAGGAUGAAAAGUAUGAGGCAGCGCGCUCUCACACUAGUCAUGUCUCAGAACACAGACAUCAAGAAAUUUCAGAAUCUGAUAAAAUGGCUGAAUUAGUUCAAGCAGAGAAAGCUGCUUCUCAAGUUACAACAGAGUUGCUAAAAUUACGUCUGAAUGUGGACGAAAAGACAAAAAGUGUGGAUUUGCUAAAGAAAGCACUUGCACAGCAACGUGAAUUGACAGUUCGUCAUGCACAUGAACAGGAAAAAGAAAUGAACCAACGAUUGAAAAUGCAGAAAGAGCAAUAUGAAUCAACAAUCCAAAGGCAUCUUUCUUUCAUCGAUCAACUAAUUGAUGACAAAAAAGUUCUUGGUGAAAAAUGUGAAAGGGUUGUUAUUGAAAUGAAGCAAGCUGAAAGUAAAUAUCAGAAAAAGAUAAAAGAACUUCAAGAGGCCCAUGCUAUUGAAGUCCGAAAGCAAAAAGAAGUAUUAUCUGCUGCUGAGAAGUUGCGAAGAGAAAAAUGGAUUGAGGAUAAGACAAAAACUAUAAAAGAAAUGACUGUAAAAGGAUUGGAACCUGAGAUACAAAGGUUAAUAGCUAAACAUAAACAAGAAGUAAAAAAAAUAAAAGCAAUUCAUGAAGCAGAGUUACUGCAAUCAGAUGAGAGAGCCGGUCAAAGAUAUAUUCGACAAACUGAGGAGUUGCGUGAACAUCUCGAACGGGAAAAAGAUGCAGCUUGCAAUCGAGAAAGAGAAAUGGCAAGACAGAGAUAUGAAAAGCAACUUGAACAAGAAGAAAUUGCUCUGCAGCAACAAAGAAGAAGAUUGUAUGCUGAAGUAUCCGAUGAAAAAGAAAGGCUGAAUGAGCAAGCUGCUCGACAACGAGCUGACAUUGAUCGCCUAAAAGAACAAUUGGAAAAACAUAACAGCCUUGCCACCUCCGCACUAACAGAUGAAUAUGAGAAAAGCAAAGAGGAAGCUGAACGACGCCAUACAGUGGAAAUCGAAACUCUGAAAGAACGGUUGGAAUUAGAAAAACAAGCUUGGCAAGAAACUUAUAUGAAAAAGCAGGAAGCAUAUGUUCUCCAAAAAGAAAGAGAAUUGAAAGAUGCAGUACGACAAGAUCGUGAUUCUGAAAUUGAAACUGUAAUAGAACAGCUUGAAAAGGACAUGGGUGUACAAAGAAGUCAAAUCGAAAAAACAGCUGAAAAUAGAAUCAAGAGAAUACGGGAAAAGUAUGAAUCGGAACUCAAAGAGAUUGAAGUUUUGGAACGACAGACUCAUGAAAAAUACAACAACAUGAAAGUGCAAUAUUCUGACAUGGAGGGUGAAAAUAUGAGGCUGAAAAGCACAAUUGCUCAUAAGGAACAAGAAAUCUUAGAUGUGAAAAAGGUGAAAAACAGACUUGUGGAAGAAAGAGGGAACGUCACAGAUAUAAUUCGUGACGAAUUUGCUGAGCGGCUAGUACACACAGAGGAAGAAAAUAAGAGGAUGAAGAAUGAAAUCGCACAAAUGCGAGCUCGACACCGGUUGGAACUGGAUCGAGUAAACCAAGAAAAAGAAGAGGAGCUUGCUGAAGUACACAAAAGAGUGAAAGCAGCAAUUGUGAAAAAAGAAGAAUCAGUUGCACAAAUAAAACAACAGCAUGAGUCCGCAGUUAAGCGUGCUGAUCAUCUAGAAGGCUUGUUGGAAGCACAACGAAAACAACUCCUUGGCAGGAAGAAAUAGCAAUAUCUCCUGGUUAAUGGAAUUCACCAUCAAAUAUCUUGCCUGGUCCAGCUUAAGGUCUUUGAUUUUCAGCCCUGAGCCUAACAUAAUGUCAUCGGUAUAACCUUGUAGCUCCAGCUUUGUCCAAAGCUCAAAUCGUUCAUUUGGUCACUACAUUGUCACAUUGAUGGUUUUAUACAUGCCCUACCUGGACUGUUUUGGUAGUUUGGGCGACACAUGUGCCUUGUUCUGUAUUUUAGCAUAGCAGCGUUUUAUCCCUCACAGAGAAUAUAUUUUUGUACUAAAAUGACUACUCAAUUUCACCAUGGGUAUCAUGUUUUACUGAAAUGUUUUAUUUUUUAGUUAUUGCAAAUUUUGAUAUAUUUGAUACAUUAUAAUAGUUACUUUUCAUUGUGCUGGCUCUUUUAAAAUGGGAAGGUGAAAGAGGCAGGAUAAGUGAGUAGUUCAUUCGGGUUGAGCACAGAAAGUAAGUAGGGUACGGCAUUAAAUAUUAGGUCAGGGGGGGGGGGGGCACAAUGCUAGGCGUAAAACUGAUUUUACUAUCCACUUCUCAAGAAAACUCUCCGUUCUUCCUAGUUUCGUUGCCUUAUGAGGUUAUUUCACAUGGUGUUCCUCCCUUUUUUAGUGCAUGAAUUGUUUGAACAUGAUGGAACUUGGAAUCUACCAAUCAAAAUAACACUGGAAUGAUAAACAAACAGCGUGGCCACGAGCCAUAAAAGGUUGGGAACCACUGUAAGAGGUGGUCUUGGAACAUCACUUCAUUUGCAAUCUAAUUGAUUUUGGAAUCAUAUAAAUAUCAAAAUUGGGUAUUAUUCUUUUAUUUCCUCAAUCCGUUGGGAGAAGUUAUUUUCCCGGCUUCCCUUUUUAUACUUUGCUUAUAUCUCAAGAAAACAAGGAUCAAAGAAAACGACAAACAAUUAAUAGGACGAUAACAGCCCAUUUUGACAGGCAUUCGUUAUGGGAUAAUGUUUCUAAGCGAAUGCGGAUAUGCACAUCCGUCUAUGUGUAUCACAUUGCAGGCUUUCUCAAUAGGAUUAUGUUGAGAUUUAAAACAUAGACGUUCACUUUUAAAAAUUUUAUUCCAUAGCAAAAUGCUAUUGGCACAUAGAAAAUAAGACUUACAAUUCAUUUACAUUCAUACAUAGAUCUGGCAUGAACUGAAAUUACACAACUGCAACAGUUAAAAAUGACAGAACGAAGGUAAUUAGAGCCACAGGAAACUACGCAUUUUAUUUUGCUUAAUAUUAACAGAUAUACUAUUUCCCAAUGAUAUGCUAAGUUAAAAUACAUAUGGUUCGCAAUGCCACUUUGGGGGUAUAGAAACAAUAGUGUCAUCACUAUUGGAGGUAAGCAGUCGCUGUUUAGCUUGUUUUCCAAUCAAGUAUUUAAGUAGUACAUGUUUGGAAGCUACACUAGAUCAAAGUAGGGUAUACAAACGCAAAUAAAAAUCGCUCUUACAACUUACCGAAAACAGCACAAACAAAAAGAAACUAUGAUUAACGCUGUUUUCGAUAAUUAGCAAGGCCGAAAAUAGAUCGAAAUGUUUUAUAAGUCUAUGCACAA